AUGUCGUCUUCCGUUACUGUCGUGAACUCUGCAGCGCCAGCGCCUGGCCUGUACUCGCAGUCUUCGAUGGACUCGCUCAACUCGCACCCGUCGACCGCCGCACAAGCUCGCGCUUUCACAGCCCCAUCGUCGCUCUCGUUUCCGGGAGGAACCGAGACCAUGCAGACUCCCCCGUCUGAAAAGGACGGCAGCGUGCCCAACGGCACCGCAAAGGCUGGCUCUGCUACCCCAGCGCCUGGAACGGCAACGGGACCGGCGGCUGCGGCGGCGCAGGCGGUUGGCGUGAGCGGCAUCGUGCCGACGUUGCAGAACAUCGUUGCGACCGUCAAUCUCGACUGCCGUCUGGAUCUCAAGACGAUUGCGCUGCAUGCCCGCAACGCCGAGUACAACCCGAAACGUUUCGCUGCCGUCAUCAUGCGCAUCCGCGAUCCGAAGACGACUGCGCUGAUCUUUGCCUCGUAA